UCAUGUGCUGACUUGACGUUGAGCCGGUUCAUGUUGUGGUUGUGGUGCUGUAGUACCUCUAUGUUUCAAUACCUAAUUUCCUGAAUAUAGUGCAUGUUUUCAUGACUUUAACGGUUUUAGUCGCUGCAGUGGGUUUUAGGCAGCAAGUCUGAUUGCGAAGGUGUCCUGGGACCUUGAUGUUGUCUCUUCUCAAACUAUCUGAUCCAAGGUGUCAGUAUGGAUGAAGAAACCCUUAAUGCAGCCAUCGCUGCCUAUGGAGCCCAGCUGCAGCAGGUGGAGAUGGCUCUGUCAGCUGGCCUGGACCCCUCCCAGGAGUCAGACCUCGUCAAACUAAAGGAGGACCUUUGUCAGCUGAUAGAGCUCACUGAGGCCAGUCUGGAGUCAGUCAAAAAGAGCAGGCUUCUGGCCAGCCUGCAUGACAGCUGUGACCUGCAGGCAAACGCCUCAGAGGAAGCUACUGUCAGUGGUCUGGAUGCCGAGUUUGCUGCUUUUUACUCUGAAAUGGGGGAGUCUUCUGGUAGCACCUCUGAUACAAGAGACAUGGACAAGGAGGGGGAUGGUGGGCUAGAAGAUGGCGAAGAGGAUGGAGACGAGGAGGAGGAGGAGGAAGUAGAAGAUGAUGAUCUUAGUGGUAGCAAAGUACGAGCGCCCUACCGGACAGCAUGGGGAACACUGGAAUAUCACAACGCGAUGGUGGUGGGAGCAGAACCCCCAGAUGGAGAAGAGGCACAAGUGAGAGUGCUGUAUGUGUACCCCACCCAGAAGUCUAUGAAGCCCUGCCCGUUUUACCUGGAGGACAAAUGCCGCUUUGAGGGAAAUUGCAGGUUUUCACAUGGCGAAGUGGUGUAUGUGUCUGAGCUCAGAGAGUUCUUGGAGUGUGACCUCACUAAUAUUAAAGAAGGCUCAUCCUGCUUGGCGCGCCAUGAGGAUGGCAUUUGGUAUCCAGCAAAAAUCACAGAAAUAGAAAAUGGCUUCUACACUGUGAAGUUUGACUCACUGCUGCUGAAAGAUGCUGUGUUUGAGGCCGACUGCAUUAUACCGCCUCUGAGAGAAGACGACGCACUGUGCUCUGACUCUGACCCGGAGGACUUGGGGGACAGAGAUGACGUGGCAUAUGCAAAAGUUAUGGCUGUAGAAUCCACAGGUAUGUUGAAUUUUGGUGGCUGGGAGGCACAUACCAGAGGCAUCGGCUCCAAACUGAUGCUCAAAAUGGGCUACGAAUAUGGGAAAGGAUUAGGAAAGAUGCAGGAGGGGCGGGUAGAGCCAGUGAUGGCGGUGGUCCUACCCAAAGGUAACUCUCUGGACCAGUGUGCUGAGUUGACACAGAGACACACACAGAGCAAGACCGCAAACAAUGGCGAAGUAAUGGCGCGCCCAAAGAAACUCAGAAAGCCUCGGGCCGCCUCUGGAAACCGCCCCACCGUCUUUGACUUUCUCAACCACAAGCUUGCAGGCAGGAGCACUGAUCACUCUGAUGGCGGUGCUCCCGCGUCAACGGCACCGACUGGGGUGGAGGCUUACAGGGGAGGGAAGAGCACCAAGCGCAAUCUGAAUGUGAAGCUGUUCCAGGCUGCCGAGAGGGUGUCCCAGACAGAGAGGGAGAUUCAGAAAUUGACCGAGUCGCUCAGCAGGAAAGCGGGCAGGGACACAUCCAUUGUAAAGCAGCUGGAGGAGAAGCUGUCAGCAGCCCGUCAGCUGCUGGCCCAGCAGAAGGCCCAGGAGCUGUCCAUCCAGAAAGCUCACAAGAAGGCUGACACACACAAGAAGAUGACUGAGUUCUAAACCCACUGCCCUCAAAGAGGACGGAGCCAAGCACAGUUUGCCUGAAACAAACUUUUUGCCCCUUGCCUGUUGUCAGUUACUUGCUACACUGUAUUUUUAAGACUUUUUUAAGCGUUAUUCUCACUAUAUUAUAUAUUUGAGCUGGAUGUGGAGUCCACUUUAUUUUUAAGUAAGCAGAAAAUCUUUUCUGUUUCUUGUAUAUUUUGAGGACUGGGACAUUUUUUCCUGUCACGUUCAUUGGAUUGAAGAUGUACAGUUAAAAAUUGAUAAUGCAAUUUGUAAUUGAGAAUUUGCUCCAGUGCUUUUUUUUUUUCUUCGUAAGCGCUAUAAAAGCGAUGUUGGGAGAUGCUGGUGUUUCUUAUCCUCAAACAUCUUACUUGCACACAACUGAACUCCUGUGUACAGAAUUGUUUCUCUAUCACAGAAUCUUUCAUCGUGUUUUGGUUGCGUCAUAUCAGCCAUCCAGGACCGACGCUGCUCAGCUGGUCAGGGCUGUAUAACCCCACUUUCAGACUGAUCUUCAUCCUUGGGAGUUGGAAGACCUUUACAGAGUUUUGAAGCUUCUCAAUUCACCCACGCCUCUUGCUGCACACAGCAUCUUUGAAGCCAUGACCAUAACCUCUGUAUUAAAUAAUGAAUUUGGAGAGCAGCUUGUUUUUGCCAAGACGUGCCCCACAUUGUCUGCAGAUGGUGGGUGGGUGCGGUAGGGCGCUGACUGCAUCUACCUUACUGACUUUCACGCCCUCAUGUAAAGGUUGAAGUCGUGAUGUUAGGCAGCUGUAGAUGAAGCCAUCACCAUUUUAUGUCUUUUUUUAAUAAGCACAUUAAUCUGAAUAAAACCUGGCAUAAUGACAAAAGAAAUAAAACUGCUCCCGUA